UUAUAAGAAAUGGACAAUAAAGUAUCCUAUGAACAGAGAAUCUUAAAGACCGAAUCUUUAUUAGAGGACAGAGUUUAUGAGAACAUGUACCAAAAUACUGAUAUAGAGCAAUCUGAAGUAGUAUUUCCUAGUCAUUGGUUCAUUUGUGAUGAAUCUAUUGCUUUUACAGAUUUUUUAGUGAAGAAAAUGAGAAAAUUCAAGAAAACUGAUGUAGAGACUGUGACCAUUUGGAAAUAUUGGAAUGUAGAUAGAACAAAUGAAUUUCUUAAAGUUUCUUUGAUUCGAAGAAUCUCAAACUUUACUGCUCCAUUUGAUAGAAUAACAACAGAGAAAUAUAUUUUAGAUCAUCUUCCAAGGGUGACUAAAAGUCUAUGCUUAUCAUACUGUAACAUUGAUGAGAAGCAAUUAGUAAAAAUCAUCCAAGUAGGAAGACAUAUAGAAGAUAUAAAAUUUCAAUGGUGAAUUAUGAAGCCAAAGGAAUUCAAGCUUAACAAAUCCUUGCAUUAUACUAUCAAAUCAAUAGAAUUUACUGCAGAUCUAUUGCUUAUAAGAGAUGAAUAUAGGAAGUCUGUAAAAGAUUUGGGCCAAGGGAUCAAGAGUUUUGUUGAAGCAGCUUUACUUACAGAUCUAAAACAGUCCUUGAACUCUGUAAAGCUUUAUGCAAAGGGAAAACAAUACACAUUCCUAACAUGUGAGGAUCAUUAAUUAGGCAUUAAA